CCAACGGACAACUCGUCAUAGAAUGUCGUUCGCUAUCGCUCGCGGAACGUUCGGCUAAACGAAUACUUUUAGGCUGAAAUACCUAGAAGUGAUUUAAGGAGCGCACCGUAGUCGUCGGAUUUGUGAUUUGUCAGCAUAUUCUAAAAGAAGACUUGGCUCCAGGGUUAUGACGUCUAGCUCGUGGAAGAUGAGCCUGCCACCGGAUGCGUGUAACGGUACCGCUGCAGAUUUCUCCAGCGUAGAAGAAGAGCUUUACGAUUAUCAAAUGCACACCAGAAUGUGCAAGAAAAUAGCGCAGCUUACAAAGGUAAUAUAUUCUCUCAACACUAAGAAUGAGGAGCAAGAAGCAACUUUGCAAAUGCUACUACAUGUUACGACAGACACAGCAGACAACUAUCAGCCAACCACAAGUCAGUAUGAGGAGCACGAGGAAUCCACAUCUGCUCUUAGGACCCGUCUUAUAGAGCUCCAGGCUGCAGUAGAAGAGAUUGAGGAGCGGGAACAGAGGGUUGAGGCAGAGCAUGCUGAGCGUAUGGCUGUGCUAACUCAAGAGGCUGCAGAUCUCCGCCGAACCUACCACAGUUUAGAGAUGGAACGAGACAACCAGUGCAGACUACUGCAGCAAAUGCAGGAGGAAAAUAAAUGCCUAGAAGAAGAAUGUCAGCACUUACGGCAAGUAAGAGAUGAAAACAGAAAGAGAGAGGAGGAUGCUAAGAGAAGAGAAGAAGAAAAGAGGAAGAAAGAAGGUGAGGAGCAGAGGAAAGAUUUAGAAGAAAGGAAGAAAGUGGAGGAAGAAUUGGAGAAACGUUUGCUCACACUGAGAAGUGCACUCAAAACACUCGAGGAGGAAAGAGAAAGAUUAGAAAAACAGUUUGGAAUAGAGAAGGAGGAGUGGAAGAACAGAAUGGAGGUCAUAGAGAGGGAAAGAAGGGAAGAGCAGGAAGCAGCAAGAAAAGCUUUACAGCAAAGUCUCAAUGAACACAUAAGCCAGUGGCAGCAGAGAGAGCAAGAGAACUGUAAAUUCCAAAAUUCACUGCUGCAUCAGAGACUGAAGAGAGCAGAGGCAGAGCUGGAAAUACAAGAAGAGAGACUGACCGAGUGCAGCAGACACAGUAGUAAAUUGCAAGCAAGAAUAGAGGAUCUAGAGGAGCAACUGGACAAUUGCCAUCAUCAAGUUGCAGAAGCAGAACGAAUAACUAGGAAAGCAGAGGAGGAGCUAGCUGUGGCAAAAGAACGAUUAUUACUGCAAGAAAAUGAACUGCAAAACAAAUCAGAGGAACUGUUGAACCAAAGCUCCUCUCAAGUGCGAGUGUCUGCUGAAGUGGAGGAAUUGAAAUCUCAACUGAGUCGUCUCAAUAUCAGGAACAAAGAAUUGGAACUUCAAAACAGCGGCCGCUCUAAUGACCAUGCUCGCAUGCUGAAACAGCAUGCAGAUGCUUUGUCUUCCAUGCGCCUGGAGCUGCAGCGUGCUCAUGCUGAGGAAAUUCAGCGCCUCCAUCAAGAGGUGGAGAAAGAACGAUUAAAUGACAAACAAGAGUUGGAGGAGGAAAAGAAAAGAGUACUGAAAAAUAUGGAAGAGGAAAAGGUCCAUCUUAAAGAGAAACUAAGGAAGGCACUGGAAGAAUUGAUCUGUAAACAUGCCAGUGAGUUACGCCAAACACAAGCUUCACUGGAAAACGAGAGAAAGCAGGCAGAGGAAUACAGAAAGACUGGGGAGGAAGAAAGAAAUAAACUGGAGACAGAGAGAGGGGAACUACAGAAACAACUACAGUUGUCUGCUGUAAAGAUAGAUAAACUGGAGGAAGUAAUCCAGGCAUUGGAGAAGGAAAGAGAAAAAUCCAGAGGAGGAAAGGAAGAACGAGAUUGUGAACAGGAAAGUGAAAGAGAGCAAGAAAAAGUGAAGGAAAUGACUAGGCUGGAGCCUCUGUGCAAGUCUGAGUGCGAAAGACUAAAUGAAGAACUGAAAAAAACACAGCAUACCAUACAGGAAAUGCAGGUUGAGUUUGCUAUGGAGAAGGAACAACUGCAAAUGGAAAUCUCCACUCUCAAACAAGAGAGGAAGGAACUACAGCAGUCAAACCACAGUGUGGAGGCAAGAAUAAGGCUGCAGUUUGAGAAGCAUUUCUCUGAUCAUGUAGCAGAGCUACAGAAAGAGAGGGAAAAGGAGAUCAGAGACAUUAAUGUGCAUUGGCAACACAGGGUAGAGGAACUACAGACACAGGUUGUACAGGAGGAAGAUGAGGAAGGAGUGAAGGAAAAUGAAUUAACAGUUGGGAAGAGAGAUGAGUGCGGAUGGCAUCAACAAGACCAGGAUUUGUUAUGGGUAGAGAGACUCAACCACCAACAUGCCUUACAGGCUCUAGAGAAACAUGCAAGUGAAGAGCUGCAGGCAGAAAGACAGCACCUUCACACCCAAUACAAACUACAGUUGGAAAAACAGAAAGCAGAGCUAACACAACAGCACACUGAAUGGGUCAGGCAGAUCACACAGAGGCAUAUGCAGCAGAUAGAAAAUCUGCAGAAUGAACUUCAGACACAUACAGAAAUGAUGGCUUUGCAACAGGACUUGAAGCAGCAGAACCGACUACAGUCACUUGAGAGACAGCUGGAUGAGAGGAGCAGUGAGGUGCAAGAGCUAAAGCGAGAGAAUGAGGAACUGAGAGAGCGAGUGGAUAAACUCAACAUAGAGAGAGAAGCCAGGAAGAACCACAAACAAAAGAGCAGCAUCAGGUCAUCCAGUUCCUGGAAGGAGAAAGGGGAUGAGGAUGGAUCAAGGAAUGGAGAGGAGAACAGGAAUGAUGAAACACAUUGCAAAAUAGAGACCAUGAAAAAUGAAGAGAGAAUGGAACCGAAGACCAUAAUGUCUGAUUUCAGCUCUGCCCAAACACAGCUGCAUGCCCACAUUGUUGCCUGUGAAACAGAGAUGAAACAGAGGGAGGAGACAGGUAAAAGAAGAGUAGAAGAUCUACACAUCAUUGCUAAACUGCAAGACAAGCUCAAUGAAAGAGAACAGCUCAUCAAGAGACUGGUGGAAGAUCUCCAUCAGCUAUCCCAACAUCUUCCUCUUUGCGAUGAUGGUACAGUGAAGUCCCACCACCCCAGAACACAAUCAGGAAGUCUCACACCUACCAUGAAGAAUAAGAUUUUUGAGGACAUUUUACCAAGUGGGACCAGCAUACCAAGUCUCAGUUCAGUGGAGGGGGCAUCCCCCAAGUCAUCACAAUUGUCAAAUCGGGCAAUCCUUCUAUCACAGACACAAACUCCAAUUUCCACUAAUCCUGAAGCCAAGACUUCUGUUCGACACACUGUCUCUCCCACUCAUGAUCUCCUGCACCAGUUGCAACUCAACAACAGCCAGCACAUCAGGGCUCCAUUUGAAAAGAGGGUGAUUGAAGCAGUACCUGAUGGCCAAGAUCCCAAGAGGCAAGAGUGGUUCACCAAAUACUUCUCUUUCUGAGCAUACUUUGAUCAUGAUUUUCUGAUAUAGUUGCUUGUUCAAGUGUAAUUUGAAUCUACACAGAAUCCACAAAAGUUCAGAAAGACUUACUGACAGGAACUUUCAUUACCUAUUUGACCAAUAUCAUUCAUACAAGCACAUACAAACUGCUAACAAAAAGGUGUCUUUGUAACAAAAAACUGGUGUCUUUGCUAUGCUCUGUGUGAUGGCAUAUGGUGUACAACAACAAAUUAUGACAGCUAAUGUUGGUUUUCCUUUAAUUUUCCCCCUAUUUGUACAAACUUAUGCUGCUAACAUUUUGAGGGCAUGACUAUGAAGAAACAAGGGAUGCCAAAACAUAAAUCCUUAUACAUCCAAAUGAAACACACAACUCUGUUUUUAUUUGUUAGAAAUCUUGUGUUUUUCCCCUGAUAACAUUAACUCAUACAAAUGAUGCAGCAUGUACAGUUCAUAGCUUGAUAUGGAGAAUAUGAUUUAAUGUUCUGUAUUGUAUACGGAA